AGGAUGCUGUGGCGCUUCAGAGUGUGCGCAGGCUGCGGACAGAGAUCUCUCUCACACACAUACACAAACACAAACACACACAAACACUCGAUAGGCUGCAGACUUUGUGAAUGACUGUUUGCACCAGGCUGCUUUCCUACAUGCUAUAAUUACAGGUUUGUUUUUUAUGAUAAUAACCUGAAAUUAAUCUGGUUAAAAUGUCAAGUGGAGCAGCUUUAAACUUUGUGGAUAAAUCGAAGAGGCUUCUAUUUCUUCCAUGAGCCAAGGACGUAAGCAGGAUCCACACGAUGGUUGUUACACUGGAGGGGAAAAAUGCAGGGACCCUUCAGGCCCUGCUACUGGUUUGUGUGACCCUCUUUUUCUCCCUCCACCUGUUGCGGUGGCUACGGCAGCGCCCGAGCCGCCUCCCGCCCGGUCCCUUCGCCUGGCCAGUCAUCGGGAACGCUGCGCAACUUGGCAAAGCACCGUACUUGUAUUUUGCGCGAAUGGCACAGAAAUACGGGAACGUCUUUCGGGUUAAACUCGGAUGCCGAACCGUGGUGGUGCUGAACGGGGACUCUAUCAAGCAUGCUCUAGUCAAGAAUGGACCCGACUUCUCCGGGAGACCGGAUUUCACUUCUUUUCAGUACGUCUCCAACGGGGACAGCCUCGCGUUUGGCACCAGCACGGACUUGUGGAAGAUGCACCGCAAAGUGGCGCAGUCCACAAUCCGCAUGUUCUCCACCGGGAACCCGCAAACCAAGAGGACUUUCGAGUAUCACAUUCUCGGGGAGGUCAGGGAGCUCCUGCAGUUGUUUGUGAGGAAGACGCAGGAGGAGCGCUUCUUCCAGCCCAUGGCAUACCUUGUGGUGUCCACAGCCAACAUCAUGAGCGCGGUGUGCUUCGGGAAGAGGUACUCGUAUGAGGACGAGGAGUUUCGGCAGGUGGUGGGCAGGAACAACCAGUUCACCAAGACUGUAGGUGCAGGGAGUAUAGUGGACGUGAUGCCCUGGCUGCAGUAUUUCCCAAACCCCAUCAAGACCAUUUUUGACAACUUCAAGAAGCUCAACCUGGAGUUCUACACUUUCAUCCGAGAUAAAGUGGUGGAACACAGAAAAACCAUCGAGUCCAGCAGCAUCCGGGACAUGACGGACGCUUUUAUUGUGGCGCUGGACCAACGGAGAGAUACAAGUGGACUCUCAUCAGGGAAGGACUACGUGUCCUCCACUAUGGGGGACAUAUUCGGAGCGAGUCAAGACACCCUGUCAACGGCGCUGCAGUGGAUCAUCCUCAUAAUGGUCAAGUAUCCUGAGGUGCAGGAGCGUAUCCAGCAGGAGGUGGACAGGGUGGUGGACCGUAGCCGGCUGCCUUCGGUGGAGGACCAGUUGAAGCUGCCUUACGUCAUGGCAUUCAUCUACGAGGUGAUGCGCUUCACCAGUUUCAUUCCGCUCACCAUCCCACACUCCACCACCACCGACGCCUCCUUCAUGGGCUACAUAAUACCCAAGAACACGGUGGUCUUCAUCAACCAGUGGUCCAUCAACCAUGACCCGGCCAUCUGGUCCCAACCAGAGACCUUUAACCCACAGCGCUUCCUGGAUUUGAGCGGAGCACUGAACAAGGACCUGACCAGCAGCGUGCUCAUCUUCUCGCUGGGGAAGAGGCGCUGCAUCGGGGAGGAUCUGUCCAAAAUGCAGCUGUUCCUCUUCACGGCCCUGAUCGCCCACCAGUGCCACAUCACCGGGGACCCAACCAGGCCACCCAAAAAUGACUUUGAGUACGGCCUGACACUGAAACCUUGCGCCUUCUCCAUCGCAGUGUCUCUGCGGGAAGACAUGAAGCUGCUGGACGCAGCUGCCAGACAGGCCAAGGAGGUCUCAUGAACGGGACAAUCAAAUGAAAACUCUAAGAAAGAGAAUAAAUGAAGGCUGAAACACAGACAGACAUGUAGCUCAUGUAUGUGGGCUGAAAACUUUAUUUAUAAGCUGAAAUCUCAGGCUCUUUUGUCAACACUCAUUACGGACUCCUUCUUAAGUAUUACAGCACCAGCAGGGAACAGAUGUGGUAUCAGGUUACUUUAAUGUCUUUAUUUUGAAUCAGACAGGAAGUGAAGAAAGCUAAAUAUUACGCACUACAAUCAAAGAAUUCUGCUUGAUUGCACAAAAAAGACACAAAAGUAACCUGAUAAUGUGGCAUCUGUUUCACACAACCAGCGGUUCACCUGGAUCAUUCUGACACUGCAGCUGUUUCAUACCACUGGAUAUCACCCUGCGACCUCUGUACACAGAACACUUUGACGACAGCUGCUGUAACAAUUGAUAUAAUGUGACACCAGAGAGCCGUCACGCGUCAAAAGAAAAUCAUUUUGUUAAUUUGUUAAAAGCCCGUUCUAAUAUCAAACCUGUUAAAAUACAUCAUUUUCAUAUUUUUAGAUGAAAAGUGGAGUCACAAUGUUUGCAGUGAUUCUGCACAAACCGGCCAAUAAGCUAAGAGAGUGCAUCAUCCCCUGGUGUUCAGUACUAAUGUGUAGUUAGAUAUAUUUAGUGUAACAUCAUAGUCACUCAUUUAUUAAGAAUGCUUUUAAAAGUCUCCUGAUAUAAUCUGAAAGCUAGUGUAGACGCUGUCUGUGAGGAGCGUGCUUACCUGUCUGUGACCUGCUGUUCACAUGUUAGAUCAGUGUUACUCACUCCUUUAUUCCUCUCUUUGAAUGCUGCUCACUUUAACUUCCAUGCCAGUAACCCAGUGAUUUCUACUCCAUGUUUGUAUUGAGAAAUAUUCACAGUUAUUUUUGUAAGCGCGUGCGUGUGUGUGUGUGUGUGUGUGUGUGUGUAGACUUGUCUGAUUGCUGUCUCAGCAUGGGAGACUGAUGCACUGACUGUGAAGUUUGGGAUUAGGAGAGUUUUUUGGCAUCCUGCUAAAAGCACAUUGGAAUAACACAAUUCAGGUUAAUCUGUGAAAUAAGAGGUGAAUUUAGCUCAAAUUGAUUCUGCCAAGUAGGACACAUUCCUGGAUCGACAGCCAACUUCCAAGAUUCUUCAAUUCUUCAAUUGUGCUCGGCUAAAAGUUCUGAUCAGAUAUCAGCGCAGGUGAACAAAGGUAAACAAACAAAACUCUUCCCUGAUUUAAACACAAAGGUAAAAUAAAUCCUAUAAAAAACAUCUCAAUCCAAAUUCAGGUUUUACGAUAAUUUGCAUAUUUUUCCUUAGUCAUUUAUUAUGUAUUCUGCAUCUUUAAUGGUGGCUAGGUGGGUUGCAAUGUUUAAUUUAAAGGUAACAUAUUGUGCAAAAUACACUUCACCAUGUUUCUCUAACUCUCAUAUGUGUCUCUAGUCUGUCUAC